AUGGAGCACAAGUCAAACUGCAGCAGCCUGGUUCAUGUCCGCAACCCACAUCUGGAUACCCUGAAAGAGGACUUCCUGUACCACUUCAGUCUGGGAACUGGAACACAUAACCUGCCAGAGAUGUUUGGGGACGUCAAAUUUGUGUGCGUUGGGGGCAGCCCUUGGAGAAUGAAGUCAUUCAUUCAGUACGUCGCUGCUGAGCUCGCUUUGGAAGACCCCAGUUUAGAUUAUCCAAAUAUCUGUGCUGGAACGGAUCGUUACGCCAUGUACAAAGUUGGCCCUGUGCUCUCUGUUAGUCAUGGGAUGGGCAUCCCGUCGAUUGCCAUAAUGUUGCAUGAGCUCAUAAAACUCCUCCAUUACUCACAUUGCACGGAUGUUACAAUAAUACGCAUUGGAACAUCAGGGGGAAUAGGACUUGAGCCCGGCACGGUUGUUGUUACCAAACAGUCGGUGGAUGCCACCUUCCAGCCCAGGUUUGAGCAGGUGACUCUGGGGAAGACAGUGGUGCGCAACACCGAUCUUGACCCGAGCCUGGCCGAGGAGCUGCUGCAGUGCAGCAAAGAGCUUGGCCAGUUUGAGACGGUCAUCGGUAACACCAUGUGCACACUGGAUUUUUAUGAAGGUCAAGCCCGUUUGGACGGUGCUUUCUGCUCCUACACUGAGGAGGAUAAACACGCCUACCUCACUAAAGCUAGAGAAGCAGGAGUCUACAACAUAGAAAUGGAGUCUUCGGUUUUCGCAGCCAUGUGCAACCUGAGUGGUCUGCGAGCGGCCGUCGUUUGCGUGACAUUACUGGAUCGACUGAAGGGAGAUCAGCUGAGCAGCUCUCACGAAGUUCUUCACAAUUACCAACUACGUCCUCAGAUGCUAGUGGGUUACUACAUCAAGAAGCAGUUAAAGGUCAAAUCAGAACACGCAGCUAAAUGAUGUAAGCAAACAUUCCCAGGUUAU